AAAGAAGCUCUGCAGUGGCGACGCCUACACCAUCGAAAUAUCACACCAUUUUUGGGAAUCACUACCCGCAUCUCACCCCUUUGCCUCGUGAGCAAGUGGAUGAAAUACAACACAAUUGUCUCACAUAUACGUAUACAGCUCAUCGAUGUUGUGAAAGGUCUAGAGUACCUCCACUCGUCGCAUCUGGUUCAUGGCGAUCUAAAAGGAGUUAACGUCCUCAUCGAUGAACACUCCCAUGCAUGCCUAUCGGACUUCAGGAUUGCUACCAUGAUGUAUUAUGCAAGCUAUAACAAAAUGUCAGAAUCAAGUGGCACAACCCGUUGGAUGGUGCCGGAACAUCUGGAUCCAGAAUCACUUGAAGACACUGAUUAUGAACCGCAUUCAAGUGAUAUAUAUUCACUCUCAAUGGUAGUAUGGGAGAUAUACUCGGGCAAGACUCCUUUUAGUGAAUAUGUGCAUAAGGGCACAGUCAUCAUCCAAGUGCUUGUGUACAAUGUACGACUACAGCGCACAGAAGAGAUGAUGAAGAUCAGACUGACUGAUGAAAUAUGGACCAUAGUAGAGGUGGAAUGGAGUGCAAACUGGCAUGCACGCCCCACUCUCGAUCGCAUCUUCAUCAGCAAAAAGUCCGGAAUUAUAUCUGGUACAAACUAUCUCCAACGUGCAUGA